ACAAAACAAACCCGUUGCCACAGUCAACACAAGUACCCCAUAAAAGAUGCCUCCAAAGAAGAAGGGAAAGGGAAAGGGUAAAAAAGGAAAGAAAGGAGGAAAAGGAGAUAAAGAAGAUGGAGCAACUGAUACAGCAAAAGUUGGUACUCCAGAACCCUCUGAAAAGGAAUUACUCUUGCAACAAGAAUUGGAAAAGGUGACUGCUGAAUUACAAAAUGCAAAGAAAAGAGUUGAAGACUUACGUAAGGAAAAUGAAUGGCUGCAACAAGAAGGGAGCAGGGUCAGAGUUGAAAGUCAUGAAUACAUGAGUUACAUGGAGAAGAAGACAACAAAACGUAAGACAACCAUUAUUACUCUGAGUGAUCACAACAAAGAAGAAAUCCGAAACAUUGAGCUAGAGAAACAGAACAUGGAAGAGGAGUUCAAUCAAAAGAAACAAGCACUUGAAAAUAUGUUAUUUGCAAAGCAAAAUAUUCUGAAGAAAACAAUAGAGGAGUUAUCAGAACUUCAGGAGUACAAGGAUCUACAAACUGACCAGCUGGAUAAAAUAAAGGAGCUGGAAAAAGAAGUGAUGGUCAUGAGAUCCAAACAUUCAGAAACCAUCCAGCAACUCAAGUCCACCUUCCUUGCAGAAAAAAGGGAGUAUCAACAAGACUCAGAAAACAGGAUAACAGCCCUGGAAAAAUUAGCAAACAAGGAAGCUAGUCAGUGCCUGUCAGAUCACACCAACAGAAUAAAACAGGAAAACAGACAAUUACGAAAGGAAUUACAAGAACUGAUACACAUGACUCGCGUCUAUCAGGCACACCAACGGGACCUCGAGGAGCAGAGAAAACAGCUGCUGAGAGAACAACAGUAUGCAAAUGACCUCAAAAAGCUCAGGAGUACAAGACAACAUAAGGUGCUUAAAGCGUUUGACAUGCUGGACAGUGGUGAGGGGGAUGUGCCCCAAGAAGCAGGAAGAUGAAUCAAUGUCUGAAUGACUGUAUUGUAGUUCUCACACUUGAAAGUCAUGAAGACUUACUGUUGUUGCGUGUGUUUAAUCAUGCUCGAAAAAGUGUGAAGUCAUGCCUUUGAAAAUAAUUGUUUUCAAGAACAGCCAGAGGGCUUUAUCCAUAAGUGACAUUUAAAUAUGUGUUUACAUGUAUAAUACCAAUUUCUAAAUCUUAUAUGAUGCAUUUGUAACAAAAAUCAUUUUUACUUCACUGAAGAUGACCAUACUUGGCUAUAGCCUAAUUA